AUGGCACAAAAUUCUGCUCCGGGUUUAACCCCGGCCAUAAACACCAGAGCUGGCGACAAAUCUGCUGGCGCCGAAAAAAUUACCGACGAGUUCGAGGUGACGUCACCAACCGACCUGACUUUCCGACAGUCGAAUUUGGGUGCUUCGCCUCCGGGCACCGCUUUAUUUGGAGGUCCUGCAUUCGCUGAGGGAGAAGCACAAACGGGAAGAUCGCUGUUCAGCCGGAGUCCCUUCCAGGAUACUACCGAGGAGGGCGAACAGGAGGGGGAGCUGGCCCCGCUCCCGGCACGAUCCGCAGAGCAAGGAUUUCCUAACAAUUAUGCGCUAGGCCGUCGGACAUCGGUCUCGGCGGAAUCGUUAAAUCCCACCGAAGCUGGCUCGGAGAGCUGGUCACCUCCUCACCACCCAAAGACUGAAGAGCAGGUCUCCCGGCUGAAGAGCGCCGUCAGUAGCAACUUCCUCUUCUCUCACCUCGACGAUGAUCAAUUCUUGACUGUUCUCAACGCUCUCGUUGAGAAACCCAUUCCUGCAAAGGAUAUCAAGGUCAUCUCUCAAGGUGACGCGGGUGAUUAUUUCUACAUUGUGGAGAAGGGAAACUUUGAUGUCUAUAUCCACCCCUCCGGCGCCGUGCAGCCUGGUCCGGAUGGUUUGGGCAACAAGGUCGCCAGCACUGGACCCGGAGGAUCUUUCGGCGAGCUGGCUUUGAUGUAUAACGCCCCGCGUGCGGCGACAGUGAUCUCCACCGAGCCAAAGAGCACCUUGUGGGCCCUCGACCGCAUCACCUUCCGCCGCAUCCUGAUGGACUCGGCAUUCCAACGCCGUCGCAUGUACGAGGCUUUCCUAGAGGAAGUCCCGCUGCUUUCUUCUCUCAAGUCCUACGAGCGCUCAAAGAUCGCCGAUGCUUUGGACACCAUCAAGUACCCGGCCAAUUCCACCAUCAUCCACGAAGGCGAUCCCGGAGAUGCUUUCUACCUUUUGGAGUCGGGCGAAGCCGAGGCUACCAAGAAUGGUGUGUCCGGGCCCGUCAAGCGAUAUCGCCGGGGUGAUUACUUCGGCGAGCUUGCUUUGCUGGACGAUAAGCCACGCCAGGCGAGCAUCACCACCAAGACGGAUGUGAAGGUGGCGCGCUUGGGCCGGGAUGGAUUCAAGCGACUCCUCGGUCCCGUGGAAGGGAUGAUGAGAGGGGCCGAGUAUGAAUUGGACGGGGAAAAGUCUCCUGUUUCCAAACCAAUGUGA